UGUUUAACAAAUAGCAAUCUUAUAUUAAUGCCAAAAAUCUGCAUUGGUCCACUUUACCAAUCAAGUCCACUUACCUACUAAUAAUCUAAACGAACCUGCCAGGUGAGAGUGUGAAAAAGCUCUCUCUCUCUCUCUCUCUCUGUUGCAGAUCUUGAGCAGGAACCAACGAAGAAAAGUUGAGCAUUUGCAACAAGAAAUGGGAUGUUGCUUCAGAUCUGUGACCAAGUUCACCACUUGGACCUGUGUUCUUGUGUUCUUGCUUUCUUGCUUCAGCUUUAGUUCAUCAGAAGCCUAUGAUGCACUUGACCCAAAUGGAAAUAUUACAAUUAAAUGGGACGUUAUUACCUGGACUCCAGAUGGCUAUGUUGCUGUUGUCACAAUGUUCAACUUCCAGCAAUAUCGUCACAUUCAAGCACCAGGAUGGACACUAGGAUGGACAUGGGCAAAAAAGGAGGUGAUAUGGAGCAUGAUGGGAGCCCAAACUACAGAGCAAGGAGAUUGUUCAAAAUACAAAGGGAACAUUCCGCAUUGCUGCAAGAAGGAUCCAACGGUUGUCGACUUAUUGCCGGGAACUCCUUACAACCAGCAAAUUGCGAAUUGCUGCAAGGGAGGAGUAAUCAACUCAUGGGUGCAAGAUCCAAACAAUUUUGCGAGCUCAUUCCAGGUUAGUGUGGGUGCAGCUGGAACCACUAACAAAACAGUUCGAGUGCCCAAGAACUUCACCUUGCAAGCACCUGGACCGGGUUAUACUUGUGGACCUGCAAAAAUUGUUAAACCUACCAGGUUUGUUAGCCAAGAUGGAAGGAGAGUCACACAAGCUAUGAUGACAUGGAAUGUUACAUGCACAUAUUCACAAUUUUUGGCUCAGAAAACUCCAACUUGCUGUGUUUCUCUAUCAUCCUUCUACAAUGACACAAUAGUACCCUGCCCAACAUGCACCUGUGGCUGCCAAAACAACGCCACUCAGCCAGGGAGCUGCGUUGACCCAAAGUCACCGUAUUUAGCUUCUGUUGUUUCCGGCUCUAGCAAGAACAACUAUGCUCCUCUGGUACAAUGUACGAGCCAUAUGUGCCCAGUCCGAGUUCACUGGCAUGUUAAGCUUAAUUACAAGGAAUACUGGCGGGUGAAGGUCACAAUUACGAAUUUCAAUUACAGGAUGAACUACACACAGUGGAACUUAGUUGUGCAACAUCCCAACUUUGACAAUCUGACUCAGGUUUUCAGCUUUAUGUACAAGCCAUUAAAUCCUUACCAAGCUAUAAAUGACACUGCCAUGCUAUGGGGAGUUAAGUUCUACAACGAUUUUCUCUCGUCAGCUGGCCCUCUAGGCAAUGUACAGUCAGAGCUACUUUUCCGAAAGGAUACAUCAACUUUCACUUUCGAUAAGGGUUGGGCAUUUCCUCGAAGGAUCUAUUUCAAUGGUGAUAAUUGUGUUAUGCCACCUCCUGAUGCCUAUCCGUAUUUGCCAAAUACCAGUUCCCGGCCAGAUGUCUCAAUGCUUACUCUAAUGCUGACUCUGUUGUCAUCUUUGGUAUUCAUCUAUGCAAAUGCUUAGAAUCUUCUCAACAAUACAAUUAUUGCACAAAUUUACACUGGAUCAGUCCGACCUCAGAACCAAUGGCAAACCAAUUGAAUAGUUUGUGUCUGGGCAAUGACAUUAAGCAUUCCCAUGUGUUCAGGUGCGUGUCAUUGAAUAGAACUCCAAUUUAUGUUUUGGAUUGGUGAAUUCAUGGCCAUUUGUUACUUGCAAGUGUUUACUGCAGUAUCAUUGUACUAAAUUAUACUGUUUGUAGAUUUUUUUCACAUUAAAAUGGUGUUACAGUUUGUCCCAAAAAUAAAAAAUAAAAAAAUGAAGUGUUACACUUGUUACAAGAACAAAAACACUCAGAAUCUUUUGCUAAAUCAAAGUGUUGGUUGUAUUAGUUUUGUUCACACUCCUAAUUUUAUUUCUUGUGCAGUCUCAACUUAUGUAGUGAAUUUAAUGGCACCUGUGCCAUUAAAUUAACAUCUUCAUUUGGUAAAGUGAAAUUAUAUUAUACAGUGCGAAAUUUCUUUA